GAAGAGGCCUCUGGGUCCGAUCCAGUCGGUCCUCAUUGAUCGGAACAAGAACCCAGAAUGAGUGAAGACCUGCGGGCCGAGCUGCAGGACUUCCUGCGGAAGCUGGACAUCCAGACCAGCUGCGUGGAGCAUCCUCCGGUGUUCACCGUGGAGGAGAUGAUGCCUCACCUGCAGGACGUGAGCGGCGCCGUCACCAAGAACCUCUUCCUGAAGGACAAGAAGAAGAAAGGCCUGUGGCUGGUGUCGGCUCGCCACGACCGCCAGGUGAACCUGAACGAUCUGGCCAAGAAGCUCGGCGUCGGCAGCGGCAACCUGCGCUUCGCCGACGAGGCCGCCAUGAUGGAGAAACUCAAGGUGGGUCAAGGCUGCGCCUCGGCGCUGGCGCUGCUGUUCGACUCGGACCGGAGCGUGCGGCUGGUUCUGGACCGGGACCUGCUGGACGGCGGCCAUCAGCUGGUCUACUUCCACCCAAUGACCAACAGCGCCACUAUGGGGCUGCGGCCGCAGGACCUGCUGCGCUUCCUCAGGGAGACGGGUCACGAGCCCGUCCUGGAGAGCUUCGACUAGCAACCACCCGGUUCUGGAGUGGUCUUUCUGUCUUUCUGUCCUGAGCUUCAGGUUCGGAGUUGGAGGAAGCAGAACUUUGUAACACAACUCCUGAUGGUUUUAGUUUGGUUCUAAAAACUUAAGCCUGAAGUCCAGAAACCCGACUUGGACCUCCAGGUUCUGGUUCUGGUUCUGUCUUCGGCCUCAUUCUGUCUCUGGUUGUCAACAAGCUCACAGAUAAACGUCCAGUUUUUAUUAAAACCCGUCCACAAAGA